AUGGAAGUUGAUCAGCCAGUCUCAGCGUCAUCCGGAGUUGUCGCUUCAGGAGCGGAGAAGAAACCGAGAUUCGAGGUGAAAAAGUGGAAUGCCGUCGCGUUAUGGGCAUGGGACAUCGUGGUGGAUAAUUGCGCCAUCUGCAGAAAUCAUAUCAUGGACCUGUGUAUCGAAUGUCAAGCGAAUCAAGGAGCAGAGAGCGAAGGCUGUACUGUCGCCUGGGGUAUUUGUAAUCAUGCCUUUCACUUCCAUUGCAUCUCAAGGUGGUUGAAGACGCGACAUGUGUGCCCCCUUGACAAUCGACAAUGGGAACUACAAAAGUAUGGUCGAUAG